ACGCUGAUUGCUGAUUCGAGCAGCAAUAAAAUUGUUGCCUAGAAUUUAUAAAUAACAAAAUCCAAAUAAAAUGCAGCGCGAAGAGAAGCACUUUGAAAUGACGUUGGACGCAAUAUUGCAGCGUCUCAACGACUUAAAGUUAGCAGUGCUAUCCAUGAUACAAAAACUGGAAAUGGAGUACAUGGACAUCAAUUGGCCAACUUUCCUGGAUAACUUUGCCAUCAUAUCAAGUCAUCUGACUGGUCUGACUAAGAUUCUGGCCAAGGAGCAGUGUCCACCGCUUCGAAAUCGAACAGUGCUGCCGCUGCUCGUCUCAAUGGAUCGCGACGAAACGCUGGUUAACAUCACCGAAGGCCGUGUGCCAGUCUUUUCGCAUGAUAUUGUACCGGAUUAUCUGCGCACACGGCCCGAUCCCAUUACGGAGCAGAAAAUGCAGCAAAAUGAACAGAAGGCGGCCAAUCUAACCAACGAAGCGGCCAUGAAACAAGUAACUCAGUACAAUAAGGUGGUGUCCCACGUUCUGGAUAUGGUGAGCAAAGCUCGCGAGGAAUGGGAAAUUGAGUCCAGUUCACGCACGGGCAUCCAGCAGACAAGCAGCAUGACAGACACCCAGCUGCUCGUGGCAACUGUGGGCAUGGGCAAGGGACUGCAAUACAAGGCCAACUAUGGGCCAGGACCUGGUCCCGGCAUGAUGGUGCCACCGUCCAUACGCGGACCCACUCCGCCCAUGGGCGGCCCAUCCAUGAGUCCGGGCAAUGUACAACAGCAGCUGGGCAAGGCGCCCUCGGCCGUCAAGACAAACAUCAAAUCGGCCAACCAAGUGCAUCCAUUCUCUCGGUAGCAAAAUAUCAUAAUUUAUUUAUUGUUGCGCUUUGCGUUUGAAUACAACUCAGUAACAUAAUAAUAAUAAUAGUAGAUAUACAUA